GCACUUGCGCUUGUGCUCAUAACUUCGCAACGGAACGGGCUACGCCCCUGAAACAAACGAAAUCGCCAGCACCGCGCAUGCCCAAGCUAAAGACCCACAUGGAGGAGCCUUUUGGAUCGUUGAUGUCCGAAAAAUUGGCCUCUCCCACCAUAGAUAUGCCAAUGGAGAGUCCAGAUGCCCAUGUCCUUCAAACAUGCUGGGUGUGGUUCCGAUUAGAGAGCAGCCAUCAGUCUGUGGCACGAGAGAGAUGUUUGUGCAGAAGGGAGAAAGAGUUUCUGACCAUCAGCACGGACUCUGGAGCCGUGCACUAUGUUGCACUACCAUUCGUGGUGGAAAAAAUGGCUCCUCUCUCAGAAGGGCUACUGUUGGAACGGUCCACAAGGGAGGAGACUGGAAGUGGCCUUCCGACAAUGUUUUCCCUCCUCAGUUCCACCGGUGAUCUCUCCCCUAUUGUUACCAGGCAAUCAUUCACUCAUGCUACCUCAGCUACUACAUGUAGCUAUGUGACAGAUCCACACCUUCACAUUGUGGACAGUUGUCCACAGGACAGAGAUCUAGUCCUUCUCUACCACACCUCCUCUCAGACUCACUCCAUCUGGAGAGUCAGACCCACCUCUGCUGAGGACAUCCCAGCUCAUGUAGCCAACACUCCUCAUCCAGGGAGGAGAUCCAUGAACUCCUCCACUGCUGUCACACCAAGAAGUACCUCAGCCCCCUCUCAGUAUGAUCUCCACCCAACUACCCCUUCUCAUAGGACAGAUACCCCUGUACAAAUGAUCCUGACAGGAAACAAGAAAUUGAUGAGAGGCCUCAAUAAGGCCACCCCUCAUAUGUUCUCUGGUGGAGGUGGAGGGGGAGGGAGAGGGGGCAACAGGCUAGGCAGUGGACGCUCGCCGUUCGCGCCUCGGUUGCCAACCCCUCUCAACCUGGGGAAUCAGAAGAGGUCCAAGAGUGUAUCUCCCAUGCACCAAGCCGGGCGGCUGUCUCCCUUCUCCCAGACGGUCCACAGUAACUCCUGGACCACCUUCUUCUCCGAGGAGUCUGCAGUCGCACUGGAACCACUCUUGCCUCAGAUCUGUAUUCACAAGCUGGCAGAAUGUGUGGAGAGGAUUCAAGGACAUGCCUUGGAUUUCUUUACCUGUGGGUGUUUGUUUCCUACUGGUGUCACUUACUACUACUUCACCACCUCAAUAGCAGAGCUCUGGGUUUUGUCUGCUGAGUGUGCUGAAGCGAGGACCCCAGCAUUGAAGCUACCAGCCUCCCAUGCAGUUCCCAUUACUGAUCUGAAUGUAGUACUUGUCCUGUCGCCCAGGGGAGAGCUUUCUGUUUAUAGUGGUGUGUUAAAGGUGUGUGAGUUGGGGCUGGAGUGGCUUUUUGCAAAUGGUGACACUGACAGCGGAAAAGUGGACUUGGACCAGAUUGAAGGGGAGAGGAAACUUGUCUCCAUAAGAGGUGGUGAAGGUGCCCAGUUUAGUGUUCAGCUGAGCUCUGGACUAGUGCUGACUGGUGGGCUACCUCCAAUCUACCCUCACACUCUAGUAGAACUGAGUCUCAGAGCCACAACAGAAGUCAUCCCUAAGGACACAGCACACCUAAUGCUAGCUGACUAUUACAGUAACUGUAUCCAACUAUCCCCCAGUCCAUUCUCAAUACACCACUUUCUGCACUGGCUCCUCUCACUACUUCAGCUGCCCUCACUUCCACCACUGGAGGCAUCUCAACCUUUUCUUCUCUCCCAGAGGAAUUUAACAGUUUUAAGGCUGUUUGAAGUAAAGAAUGAAUGCAUGCCGAUACCCCAGCCGAUGCCACUUCCAUCCUCUAAAAGAUGUCUGGUGCAGUAUGCUCGCAGUGUCUUCAAAGUUUUGCACUUGGUAUAUGAGGAACUGAAGGUUUACUCAGAAUGUAAAGACUCCCUUCCUCUGCUGGCAAGAUUCCUCCACCAUGUUGCUACCUGUCUCGGUUUCCCUAGCUAUUGUGAUCUCUACCCUGCCGACCAUCCCUCCCUGAUGCCAUCUUCACUUGGACACACAUCUGAGGGAGGAGAUGAGGAGGAGAAGAUGGAGUGUGAGGGUGAGGAGGAGGAGGGAGAAGGAAGGGAGGACACACAUCCUCCAAAUUUGAUGAGUCAUCUACACAUCAUGCUGACGAUGGGAGCAGCAGGUCAUGUGCCUUUCCCACUGCUGAGCGAUGUGUGUAAGAGGACAGCACAGCUUGUACAGCUAUAUGCGCUGUAUAGUGGAGGUGCAGGAUCCAUUUUCUCUAUCUCUUCUUUGUUCACCUCUUGCUCCGCCCUCGCCGUGUCAGCUCUGACUGAAUGGCAGCAACUGCUGGAAAAGACCAGCUCCCCUCACCAGAGAGUGGUGCUGUGGAUAGUGGCCCAAGGUCUGACUCGUGAGGAUCUCGCUAGUCUCCCUGUGGGCGUGGCACUGCCGCUGUGGGACUCCAUAUUCCACUGUAGAGAGAAUCCUCCACCCUCUGAUGAUCUCAGGCUAUAUGAACUCAUAGGGCGGGAAGACAUCUUAAAGACACUGCGCACAGCAGCUGGGGACACUACACCACUGACAAUAGAGGCAAUGGAGAAAGAUGAUGGUAUGAAGGUGGAUGAUGAGAUCAUAAAGCUAACGUUCAGUAAAGACCUAAGAGUGAAUGAAGUGAAGCGGCUGCUCAAUUCAUCGCAGCCAGUCAAAAUUUCCCUUGAACAGAAGCCGGAAGUGAGUGACCAUGAAUUUAUUGAGCAACAGGAGCUGACGCUGCUUACAGUCUGCCAGAGAACUAUGGCUCUACCAGUGGGCAGGGGAAUGUUCACUCUGGCAGUGUCAAAGCCCCUCCCGACCUCGCCUCUCUCUAUCCCUGGCGUUGAGCUAACUGGCAGGGCACCCCCAAAAAAUUCCACGGUGAGUCUGGAGCACAUAGAGAAACCACCCAACAUGGUUCUCUGGCCUCAGUUCCACAAUGGCGUCGCAGCUGGUCUCCGUCUCUCCCCCAAUGCCAUGUUGGAUUCAACUUGGAUCCUCUCCAACCGUCCAUCCCCCCCUCUCUCGACCCCCGCAUCCGAGGACGGCAGUGGCCCCGCCCACUCUCGCUGCUCCCCGCAGCAUGCCGGUCUCCUCCUGGCCCUCGGACUCUCGGGACACCUCUCUUCUCUAAUGGACUUUGAACUCUUCGAUUAUCUUCAAGACAAACACGAGUUGACCACUGUCGCAGUUCUUCUGGGAAUUACAGCCUCCAGGGUUGGAUCAAUGCAGAGAUCCAUAGCAAGCAUCCUAUCAAUAUUCCUUCCUCCUCUCCUGCCAUUUGGCUCAGCCGACAUGGAAAUAUCUCAGACCAUUCAGACUGCAGCUCUCACUGCUAUGGGCCUCCUCUAUCUGGGGUCGGGCAACAGGCAUCUCAGCGAGGUAAUGCUGAGGGAGAUAGCCCACGUUCCAGGGCCAGAGCUGGAGUUUGCAGAUGACAGAGAGUCCUACUCCCUCUCCGCCGGGAUAGCUCUCGGGAUGACCACUCUCGGGCGAGGAGGGGAUCUCCCUGGGAUGGGUGACCUGAGACUAGUGGAGCGACUGGCUGUCCUCAUCCUCGGAGGACCCAAGAGCCAGGUGCACUGCACGUAAUUGGUUAUACCCUGUUUUUAUCUGCACCAUUAUGGACCCUGAUUAGGGAGAGUACACGAGUAUUACUGACAGAGCACUGUUCACACAGUGACUAACGUUAAAAGUCAUCAUGAAUAAUGUGAUAGAAUGUUUACAGAGAGCUUCUUGUUUUGGAGACUCUGCAUAGUGACAAAUGCCAUAUCCUACCUAUGUAGUCUAUGCAAAUGAGUAGUGUACUGUAAACAGCUGUAAACAACCCAAGGGGGAGGACGUUAUGUGACAUGGGUCUGUCUACAGCACAUAUUAUAUAGCCCCAAAACUACACAUGUGUCUCCUCCCCAGAUGCUGACUGGUGCUGCUCCCAACUGUCCAAGUCAUCUUAUCCUGGAGCCAGAGGUAGUCAACACUCACGUUACCAGCCCGGCGGCCACGGUAGCUCUCGGUCUCAUGUAUCUCAAGACCAACGACAGCUCAGUGGCCAGCCGACUUGAUGCUCCGUCAACACUGUAUGAACUAGAUCACAUCCGACCAGAUUUCUUCAUUCUCAGAAUGGCGAGUAGGGGACUCAUAAUGUGGAGUGACGUACAACCGACCCAGGAGUGGAUUGACAACCAUAUUCCUGGGAAUAGUUCAGAGACAUGCGUUCCAAUCCAGUGACAGGAUGGAGGGGCAGAGUGAUCCAAACAUUGACUACCAGACCCUCAGUCAGGCUAUGGUGUGCAUCAGUGCAGGGUGCUGUCUAGCCAUAGGUCUGCGCUAUGCUGGAACCUUAGACAAACAAGCCCAUUCUGUCUUGAUGAAAAACGUUCGUUUCCUCCUCACCAAGAUGAGCUCUCCGGCCUCAGCCGAGGAGGUUGGGAAGUCUUGUCUGGAGAUGUGUAUCAAUGUUGUCGUCCUCUCAGUUGCAAUGGUAAUGAGUGGUUCAGGAGAUCUGGAGGUCCUGAGGAUCAUCCGCAGACUCCACGCCCGAGUGACUCCGCCCGAAGUCACGUACGGUGGUCAUAUGGCUUCCCACAUGGCCUUGGGUUUCCUCUUCCUCGGUGGAUGUCGCUACUCCCUCAGUCGCAGCAACAAGGCGAUAGCAUGUCUCUACUCGGCCGUCUUCCCCCUCUUCCCCUCAUCAACCACCGACACUCGCUACCAUCUCCAGGCCCUCCGACAUCUCUACGUCCUCGCUGCAGAGCCGAGGGUACUCGUCACGCGAGAUGUCGAAACCGGUCAGGCAACCUCCGUCGAGGUGUGCGUGAGAGGAGAGCGGGAAAUUAAGGGGAGGACCCCGUGUAUCGUGCCCGAGUGGAGCUCCAUUAACGAGAUUGAGAUAUGCAGUUGCGAUUUCUGGCCAAUCAAACUGGACUUGAGUGGAGAAGAGAACAAUAUGAGGCAAGUCCUGGCUAAGUCUGGGACUGUGUUUGUACGUCGCAAGACGGGAGAGAGAGGAGGAGGAGGAGGAGAGGAGAGUUUGCUCGUGGGGCCCUCCUCCCACAGCACUUCUACACCACCUGCUGUGUCAAAGGAAAGCUGGAGCUGUUUGGGGAAGAUGAGGAGGAAGACAACCCCCUGCUGACAUGUCUCUACAGCCCCCUCCUGGCUCCCCAGGACUCUCAGGACACUAACUGGCAGAGGUUCCUGACGGCUGCCCUCCUGGAGAGUGUGUCAGAGGAGAAACUAUCGGUCUUCCCCUCUCUCCUCCACCUCGAGAAGGUCUCGCAUAAAGUCCUGUCGUCCUCCUCCUCCUCUUCCUCGGCCACUGAACUGUGGCAGCUAAAGCUGGGGUGUGCACUGGCAGAGGUGACUGGAAGCCGACAAGACCACUCCCCCCAGUCGUUCCAUUCUGACCUGGCCACACUACUGAUGCUGAGAGUCAAACAGUCGCUUUACAAGUUUGGGGAGGAGAUGGGUGAGGAGAGAGAAGAGGAGGUGCUGCGAGCGUACUUCAUGUGUGGAAGAGGAGGAGGAGGAGGAGAGGUGGUGUUGGGAGAGGUGGUGUUGAGAGAGAAGGAGGCAGAGUGGCUGGCAGCAACCAUAGUUGUCUAUGGAAUACCACCGAGACACUCUCUGGGCUUGACAACCGAGACCACGUAUCCAGAGCUGCUGACAAAGAUGC